GGCGCAAGUUUACACGCAAGUUCAUAGGCAACGGCCAAACAACAUGAAUGCAGCAAUAGGAAAAAAAUUGGUCAGAACUGAAAAGAAAUCCGGCAGACAAAUGCCAGAGUCGUACAGGCGAAAUACCAAGAAGGAGCAGCUAGUUCUAUCAUACGCUGAAAAUUUUAGAAGGCAGUUUGUUCAGCUGUAUAGAGACCGAAAGCCUCUUUAUCUGGCACCUAAGAAUGAUUGUGGAGUGGAGAAGCUUGUGUGUACAUCAAUUAGACCUACUCAAUUGCCUUACAAGGAGUUGUAUGAUGUUGAUGGUUGUGCUCAGUUUCUUGCUGAUUAUGUUGACUAUUUGCCACUGGAAAAUCCAACAGAACUGCCCCAACGGUUGAAAUCACCAUAUUCAGUGUUGCAUGAGCAACAAGGAAAUUGUUUUGAGUUCUCAACGUUGUUAUGCUCUUUGCUAAUUGGGAAUGGUUAUGAUGCAUACUGUGUGUCUGGUUAUGCAACACGUGAAGUGUGCGUUAUGGAUGAAAGUCGAGAUGUUUGUCCACUACUUGAAAAAAAGAAAGAGGAAAUUUUUAGUUCUGAACCCAAAAAGAAGAGGAAAUACACUGUAAAGCCACCAAAGGAUAUGAGAAGCAAGUUUAUAAGAAAGAUGGAGGGUCGACGAGUUGCAGAGGAAGCUGAAACAGCCCAACGAUUGAUAGAUGAGGAAGAUGCAAGACAGGAGGAGCUAGUACAGCCAGAACAAGACAAAUUUUAUGGACUUCGUAUUCAUAGUUGGGUUUUGAUUCUUCAUGGUAAACGAGAAGUAGCUGAGAGCUUCUUUAUUGAGCCAUCAACAGGUAGAUUUCAUACUCUUCAAUAUGAUGGUUAUCUUGGUACUGAAAGCUUGUGGAAUGACAAGAAUUAUUGGGUAAAUAUGCAAGAUUGUGCAGAUGGAGUGAAGUCUAUGACAUAUGACCUUGGAAAUGCUGCAUAUUGGGAAUAUGUGUUUCCAUCACCUACUAAGCCUUUACUGAUGCUUCCUGAGGAUCAGUUGGAAGUUGAUGAAUUUGCUGAAGUAAACGAGAGAUCUACCCCUUUUGAAUUGGAUGCUUUGCUUCCACUGCACGUCGCUUGAGUGCUGCUGAGCCUUCACGUUUGGAUGGAGCUAGGCAA